AUGCCUUCAACACUGCAACCCUCGAGACCCGUCGAGAUUCCUUCUCCUCGGCGGGGUUCCAGAGAUCUCAAACAUGUCAGAUCAUCUAGGGCCAGCAGCAAAUCAUCCAGAACAUCACGAAACUCCGACACCAAACACCGACCUGAUGCCCUCCCUCCGGCCGUCGCUGCACUCUUGGCUGUGACUGCUAUUCCUCCUCCCAAGUCGCAGACUAGACGCAAGAAGAGUCCCAUCCGGGACAUGUCUAUCGAUGAGCUCAUCCAGGAAUGGAGAAAGGACAGUUCGACCAAGUCCAGCUACAGCAGCGCUUCACUGGACAUGCUCCUUGGAUCAGCCGACGUAGAUGACUACGAGCACAUGUACUCUUCAAGGUCAACUUCGUGUGACUCAAUUCCCUCCCUGGAUGGUGACGACGGCUCGGUCAUGUCCAUCAGCAAUCCCGCCACUCCAGACUCCAUCCGAAGUCGAAAGUCUAGCAUGGGCAGUUACCGCAAAGAGAAGACUCUCUACACUCCAGAAAUCGAGGAUUGUAGCAUCGAUCACCCCCUCGGACUACCAACCAUGGAGUUCGACGAGGAUCUCAUUCUUAUCAACUCGCCAUGCCCCAAGGAGCGCAAGCCUAGAAAAUCUGGUGGUUUCCGUUCCAACUUGAGCUCAUCACUGCAAGCCCUCAAGUCUCGCGUGACCUCUUCGUUCUCAUCUCUGAACUUGAAUCUGGAUGAAGAUUCGUUCUCCGAUGCUUCGCUCUGGCAACAUCCUUACCUGUUUCCGAGAUUGAGCUCGGAGCUCAGACCUACCCCCUUUACCUCGACACCAUCAAAGUCGCAUCGCCAGUACCUGAAUCCGCGCUCGGCUCCUGUUCCCUUUGAGGAGCAACAACACCACUGGCAGAAGGCUCUCUCUUCGCUAGACUCGCCUGACAACGAGUUUCCCGAGGCUCCAAUGAUCCAGAUGCAAACCUACAACAAACGGGCCGCAUCUUCGCCCCGCCGCACGCGCCGCGGCUCAAGCACUGGCACACCAGACUCUCGUUCGGAAGCUGGCCGCGCUAUGUCUGGGCAGGGGCCCAUGCCCUCUAGGCAACGCGAACCUCGAGAGAACAGCGACUUUCUUCGUGUCAUCGUGCUCGAGAUGAACAUGAGACGUGGAGGUAAAUUUGACGAGGGUGCCAGUGGACGUGCCAGAAUCUGGCUUCCACCACGCAAGCAGCCUGUUGCUCGCAACAGCGCCUUCGACGACGAUGAGGACGAGGACGACAUUGUCUCUAUCGGCGCUCCCAGGGCUGUCUCUAGAAAGAUCCCUCGCCGCUGGGUGCCAAUUUCGAUCGAGUAA